GUUCAUAAUGACCUCGCAAUCAGAGCACGAUGUAUUCUUAAGCUUUCGAGGAGAGGAUACUCGCAAUAAUUUUGCAGUUCAUCUUUACCAAGCUUUGGAUCGAAAUGGAAUCAACCCUUAUAAAGAUGACAAGGAGUUGAGAAAAGGUGAAGAAAUUUCACCAGCACUUUUAAUGGCCAUUGAAGAGUCAAAGAUUUCGAUCGUUAUAUUUUCUGAAAACUAUGCGUCAUCUACAUGGUGUUUGGAUGAGCUGGUGAAGAUCCUAGAGUGUAAAGAAUCAAAGCAACAGGUGGUUCUAGUUGUGUAUUACAAACUCGAGCCAUCGACAGUACGACACCAAGAAUAUAGUUUUAAAGAUGCGUUGGCUAAACAUGAAGAAAAGUUCAAGGAUGAUGCUAAAGUUCAAAGGUGGAAGACUGCCUUAAAUCAAGUUCCUAAGCUAUGUGGUUUUCAUUUGAAGAUCAACCAAGACGAAUAUGAGUUUAUUGAAGAAAUUGUUCAAGAGGUCUCAACAAGCUUACCAAAUCGUUUUGACUUGAAUGUUGCCGAGAAUCCGGUGGCAAUACAGUCUCAUGUAAAUUAUGUUAUUAAGACGUUUUUAUGUAUUGAGGAGAAUGACACACGCAUGAUAGGGAUUUUCGGCAGUGGUGGAAUUGGUAAAACAACUAUUGCAAAAGAGAUGUAUAACCUCAUUGCUAAGAAGUUUAAAGACCGUUGUUUUCUUGCUGAUGUUAGAGAAUCUUCAAAACAAAAUCAAGGCCGUCUCGGACAGUUGCAAGAGAAAAUUCUUUCUAACAUUCAUUCUAGGAUAAGGGUUGAUGAUGAUCAUCAAGGAAUGGAAUUGAUAAGGAAUAGACUUUGCCAUAAAAAAUUAUUUUGGUUCUCGAUGAUGUUGAUCAUUUGGACCAAUUAA